AUGGGGGCUCUAAUAUCCAGACUCUGGUUCCUCAUGUUCCCGGCCAAGGAGUAUAAGAUUGUGGUCGUCGGUUUGGACAACGCUGGUAAGACGACGACGCUUUACAAGCUACAUCUGGGCGAGGUCGUGGUGACACAACCUACGGUCGGGAGCAACGUGGAGGAACUCGUCUAUAAAAACAUACGAUUCGAGGUAUGGGAUCUAGGAGGGCAAGAGCGACUACGACCAUCCUGGGCCACUUACUACAGAGGAACACACGCAGUGGUGAUGGUAGUUGAUUCUACAGACCGAGGCCGCAUCGGCGUGACCAAGGAUGAGCUGUUUCGCUUGCUGGGGCACGAAGAUUUAGCUCACGCGGUCAUUCUCGUCUUUGCCAACAAGCAGGACCUGAAGGAGGCCAUGACGCCAGCAGAAAUCAGUGAAGCUCUGGCUCUUCAUCUUAUCAAGAACCACGACUGGCAUAUUCAGGCAUGCUGUGCACUAACAGGGGAGGGCCUCGCAGCCAUGUCGCAUCCUUUCACACCUGGGAGGCCUAACAAGGCCCGAGCGGCCCUCCCGCCGAAAUCUACUCCCACGGACCGCCUCAAGGCUGCUCGUCAGCGCUCGCUUCUACGCAGCGAAAUGGGCGUGCUGCGCUCCCGACAGAAGCGAAAUGCUUCUCGCCCCUUCGCUUCCCCCGGGAGCGCGCUACCCCCCUCUUCCGCAGGCGCGUCAGGAUCGUCAGCCAUGAAGCGAUGGCUGCAGCAGGAGCGCGAUAGCGGCGGCAGGCGCGCGUUUAUCGCGGGGAGCGUAGGCGAAGACGCGGGCAGCACGAUGGGCGACGACGCCGCAUGCUUGGCUGACGUGGACAUGGUCGACGGGGAGGUUGAAAGAGGUGCGGGAGGUGCGGCGGAGGAGGGUAGCGGGGAGGGGCUUAACGAAGGCGCGAGGAAGCGACGACGACUGGACGGGCAGCAGGAAGGAAACUCGGAGGGCAGCAACAGGAGGGACAGCAUUGUGCGGAGACUAUGGCCCGGCAGCGGCGGAGAGGAUCGGUCGGGCGGGGCGGGAGAGGAAGGGGGAGGGGGAGAGGGAGGGGGGGUGGGAGAGGGAGGAGGGGGGAGAGACUGGAUUGUCAAUGGGGGCAGAGACGGUGCUACAAUUGCGUCCGCAAUGAUCGAGCACUCGGAGCUUAGGACCGAAACGGAACACGAUUAUAGCGCGGAUUGGGGCUUGGUGAAGGUCAAUGACCCGGCGGAAGCCACUCCCGCGAACGAUUUGCAGCUGGUUCUUCUAAACCCGCGCGAGGCUCGGCGCGCAGGGAUGGUGGAGGAAGACGCGCGGCGGUGGCUGGCGGAGCUGAAGCGGACGGAGCGGAGACUGCCGGCCGCGCUUCGGCACCGGCCCCAGGAGAUGCUGGAGUGGGUCGCGGAGCGGCACGGGGCCGGCGGACAGGUCGGGUCGCUGGCGUAUUUCCGGCGGCGGCUGCGCAUGUGGCGGUUCUUGGAGUUUUUGAGCGACUACCCCGCGGAGGCGAGAGGGGUGGAGUGCGUUGAGGCGUGGUGCCAGGCGAUGGCGCGGCAGGAGGAAGAGGAGCAGGGCCGCAUGCUGGGAUCCUGGGAGAGCGACGAAGAGGCGGGGGAUGAAGAGGAAUUAGAUGACGAUGAUUGGUUAGAUGAGGACGAGGAGGAGGAGGGGGAGGAAGAGGACGAGGAUAACGAGGGAGAAGAGGAUGAGAGGGGGGAGGAGCAGCAUGCCGCCGGGGAAGGAGGAGACGAUGUGGAAGGGGAAUCGGAGGAGAGGAGGGAGAGAGGGGGAAGCGGGGAAGGGGAGGGUGCAUCAAAGGAGCAGAAUGGUAGGAGUGGUGCUGGGACCAGGAGCAGCCAACCCGGAUACAGAGCCCGUGCCGGCGCUCAGGGCAGUGGCGCCAGACGCGGGAGCGCUGCCGGCGGCGGCGGCGGCGGCGGCGGCGGCGGUGGCAGAGGGGAAGGAGGAGGCGGGGUGCCGUGGUGGGUGGCGUGGCACGGGCAGCUCGCGCACCCGGCGGUGGCGUCGCGGCGGCGGCUGCUCACGCGCGAUCUGGAGUGCCAGUUCGCGUCGCGCGGCCCGUCGGGGCGGUACAGCGAGCUGCCAACGUACUUCCGGUCCGUGGAGGGCGGCGAGCGCAGGCAGCUCGCGAUCCCCCUCUCGCGCAUGCUGCAGCAGCAGCGCCAGCUCGCGCUGCUCCGCGAGAGGGACGCGCAGGGGCGGGGCGAGGACGCGGGAUGGUCGCUCGCGCUGGUGGCAGGCGAGGGGGGAGGAACAGGCGCAGGGGGAGGCGGUGGGCGGAUGGGAUCAGGGCGGAAAGGGGCGGGACGGGGAGGGCGGAGUAGCAAGUCCCACGCUUCCCUGCAGAAACAGCAGCCACAGGCAGCAGCAGCAGCAGCAGCAGCAGCAGCAGCAGCAGCAGAAACAGAAGCAGGGCAAGAGGGCCAAGGCAUGUGGUAUGGCGGCACGGGGCGGGCGGUGGGGCUGGGCACAGCAGCGGAAGAGGCUCGUAUGUUUGCACCGGUGCCAGUGUCAGCAGACGAGGUGGUGUGCAACGCUCCUGGGUGCCCGUGGGGCGUGCCGGUGGUGGCACAGACAUGGCUGAAAUGCGAGAAGCACUGGGACAAGGUGCACGGUGGCGGGGAGAGUGGCACGGGGUUGGUGCGGACGAGGAAAGAGGUGCUGGCGGAGAAGCUGGUGGAUGCUCGCGCGGAGUGGGAGUGGGCCACACACGAGAGCAGAGACCACGUGCGGCUGCUGACGGGCAUACAGCAGGUGGCGUCGGAGCGAGUGGCACUGCUGGGUCGUGUGGACGCGCGGGCAGCCUCAGCGCUCAUUGGCCUGCUGGACCCAUGCCAGCUCAGAGAGAUAGCCACUAAGAUAACCCGCGCUAUAGUCCCGCCGUGGGCUCUAUCACCCACGGCACCCCGCCAGCGCACAUUCAUUGCAAGCACUGCUGCCUCUGAUCCUCGCCUUGCAGCUAGCGAUUCCGCCUUCAUGUCGGGCCGCCUAGGGAUCUCCGCGCAACUCCUGGAACCGCGCGGAUCAACCUGGGCGCACAAGCACGCGUCGCAGGCGAUCGGCGUCAACGGCUCCUCGGGUUUUGUGGUGCCCGGGGGCGCGAGAACCGGGAAAGCCCGCGCGUUGGUGGUAGUGUCCGCUGCGUUUGCAAAGAAGGUGAAGGUGGGCGCGGGGAGGCUCAAAUGGCCUCCGAUGCGGCGAGACGGCGAGAACGCGCAACCUAAGAGCGUUUCGCAGAGGCGGUGGGAGGUGCUUAUGUCGGAGCUGCUUGCAGCGGGGAAACGGCGGAGGAUCGGCGCGGCGGCGGACGGGCGCCUGGUGGCGGAGAUCAUGGCGGAUGCGCGCACGGCGGGGUGGGUGCAGCGCACGGAUGUGGUGGGGGCGUUGGUGCGCCUGCAUCAGCUGCGCAUGUGGCACGCGGUCGUUGAGCUCUUCGAUUGGCUGCAGGCCCCCGAGCAGCGCGCUUCGGGAUGGUGGCGCAUGUCGGAGCGCGACUACGCCAUGCUCAUCACCGCCGCCGCGCGCUGCCACCAACUCCCGCGCGCGGAGCAGGCGCUGCGGGACCUGAUGAACGAGCCCGCGGAGGCGGAAGACGCGGAAGGGGGCGCGGAAGGGGGCGCGGGGAAGAGCAGCGUGGCGGAAGGAAAGGGCGCGGGAAGGCGCAUGGAGCCAAACACGGUGGUGAUGACGGGAAUGGUGGAGGCAUACGCGCGCAACGGGCAGCUGGAGCAGGCAGAAGCCGUGGUGCGGCGCAUGGAGAGCAAGGGCCCCGCGCCCUCCGCGCUCACGUACCAGUGCCUACUCAAGGGCUACGCCUCGGCGGGGCGUGUGGAGGACGUGGAGCGGAUAUUCGAGGAGCUGCUGCUGCGCAUGAAUUCAACUACCCCUCAUUCUCCCCACCUCUCUCCUUCCCCCCCGCCCCCCGCCCCCCCCCCCCCCCAGGCGGGGCGUGUGGAGGACGUGGAGCGCAUCUUCGAGGAGCUGCUGCUGCGCAGCGGACAGGGGCCCUUGGAGGCUCGGGCGGAGGGGGAGGCGGAGGGGGAGGCGGAGGGGGAGGCGGAGGGGGAGGAGGAAGAGACAGAGGGGGAGAAGUUGGACGUGGGGCAGGUGGGGAAGGAAGCAUCAGCAGCAGUAGCAGCAGCAGCAGCAGCAGAGCCAGCAGUAGCAGCAGCAGCAGCGCCAGCAGUAGCAGCAGCAGCAGCAGCAGCAGCAGCGGAGGCGGAGGCGGUGCGGGUGGACGAGCGCAUGUUCAACGUGAUGAUAGACUGCUACGCGCGCGCGCGGCGAGCAGAGGACGCGUCGCGCGCGUACCGGCGCAUGAAGGCGCUGGACGUGGCGCCGUCGCCCGCCACGUUCAACACGCUCAUGGCCAUGUUCGCCCGCGAGGCGCGCAGCCGCGAAGCAGAGGCUGUUCUCAAACAGAUGCAAGCGGCGGGCAUGCGGCCGGACGUGGUGACGUACACGGCGCUGAUGAGCGCGUAUGGCCGUGCGGGCCGGGCAGAGGAGGCGCAGGCUGUCUUCCGCGACAUGGUCAUGUGCCGCAUCCGUCCCACGGGCAUCUCAUACACGGCGCUGAUAGACGCGUACGGGCGCGCAGGCGACGUGGACAAUGCCGAGUUCCUCUUCAAGGAGAUGAAACGCAACCGGAACCUGCCAUCGGAAGCCACGUUCAAUGCACUGCUGGCGGCGCACUCCAGAGCGGGCAGCAUGGAGCGCGCAGAGCAGCUGCUGCGCCAGAUGUGGUGGGACGCACAGGACCGCGGGGAGGCUCCCCCCACAGGAUCAGCAGCAGCAGCAGCAGCAGCAGCAGGAAGCAUGCAGGAAGGGCAAGGGGACACGCUACUUGAGAAGGAGUCCUGGUCCGGAGUGGAGAGAGAAGGUGCCGCGGGCACGGGGACGGGGACACGGGGGAAGACAGGGGGGCGGUGGGGGGUGGAGUUUGGCGACGGGGGGCGGGUGAGUCCGAGCGCGAGCACGUUCAACAUCAUGAUGAACGGGUACCGGCGCGAGGGGGACCUGAGCAAGGUGGUGGGCAUGUUUGAACGCAUGCUGGAGGCCGGGAUAGACCCGACUGUCGUGUCGUACUCUGUGCUUAUCUCCGCUCAUGGGGACUGCGGGGAUUUCGACGGUGCGGUUGCUGCGUUUAGGGAGAUGGUGGAGGAGGCGGGUAUGCGGCCGGAUAAGGGGGUAAGGACCGCGCUGCUGCAUGCGUGUGACGUGGGAGAGGGGGAGGGGGAAGGGGAAGGGGAUGAGGAGGAUGGGGAGGGGGGGUGGGUGGGUGUGGUGCGGGUGAGGAAGGAGGAGGUGCAGCAGCUUCUGGCGCCGUAUUUUGCGGCGGAGAGCUGGGGAGAGGAGGGGUUGGAGGCAGAGGAGGAUGAGUGGAUGGCUUAG